GUUGCCUGGUAUUGCUGAACCUCAGAAAAUGAAACAAGAUUUAGUCCGUGGCGCUUGUAAUACAAAAAUAAAUAUUUUGAGAUCUCGGACAGCACGCUGAGUACAGCCCGAUCAAAGUUUCAAACGCCGUGCACGUGAUAGUGCUGCGCGUUCAACUUCCUUGUUCAAGCUUCCUGGGAUCCGAGCCCAGCUGUCACGGUCCCUAACUGGAGCAGGCAAAGUUUAACGAAAAGACCUGUGAAACUGCCUGGAAUGGAAAUCCCACGGAUCCUGAUCUCGCUCGUCUUGCUGCCCGCCUCGUCUUUGUCUCUGGGUGCGUCAAAGCCUAGUUUCGUUCUGAUGAUGGUGGAUGAUCUGGGAAUUGGAGACCUCGGCUGCUAUGGGAACACGACUCUAAAGACGCCCAACAUUGACAGGCUGGCCCAGGACGGGGUAAAGCUGACCCAGCACCUAGCCGCCUCUCCCCUCUGCACCCCCAGCAGGGCUGCUUUCCUUACGGGCAGAUACCCCAUACGAUCAGGAAUGGCCAGCUAUGGCCAUGUCGGUGUGUUUAUCAUCUCCGCAGCAUCUGGAGGUCUGCCCCGAGAGGAGAUCACAUUCGCCAGGAUCCUUAAAGAUCAGGGCUACAAGACUGCUCUGAUUGGCAAAUGGCACCAGGGCCUGAGUUGUGAACACCGCGGCGACCACUGCCACCACCCCAGAGUCCAUGGCUUCGACCACUUCUACGGGAUCCCCAUGACCAACCUGCGGGACUGCCAGCCAGGCCACGGCUCCAUCUUCUACGCAGCAUUCGCCCACGUGCCGUACGGCAAGCUGCUCGCCACCCUUGGCGGGCUCGUCGCCCUGCACACGGCCGGGGCACGGGUCGCCGCCCGCAGGCUGGCCACGGGCCUGGCCGCGCUGCUCCUGGCUAUGGCGGGGCUCCUCUGCGUGUUCAUCCUCACGUUCGCCGACCUCAACUGCUUCCUGAUGAGAGGGGAGGAGGUGGUGGAGCAGCCAUAUGUGGCUGAGAACCUGACCCAGAGGAUGACCGGAGAGGCUGUGGAGUUCCUGGAGAGGAACUCGGAUGUGCCGUUCCUGCUCUUCUUCUCCUUCCUCCAAGUCCACACAGGUCUGUUCGCCUCUCCACGCUUCCGAGGCAAGAGCCGCCACGGUCUCUACGGUGACGUCGUAACAGAGGUGGACUGGUGUGUAGGUCAGAUAAUGAAGACUCUGGAGCGCCUUGAGCUAAAGGAGAAGACACUGGUUUACCUGACCUCAGAUCAGGGUCCCCAUUUAGAGGAGAUUUCUGUGCAUGGGGAAGUGCACCAUGGCUACAGUGGCAUCUACAGAGCAGGAAAAUCAACCAAUUGGGAGGGAGGGAUUCGGGUGCCAGGCAUCUUUCAUUGGCCUGGUAAACUACCAGCAGGAAAGGUUAUUGACGAGCCCACCAGUAACAUGGACCUCUUCCCCAGCGUGGUGAAUUUAGCAGGAGCUAGCAUACCCAGUGACAGGAAGAUAGAUGGCCAUGACCUCAUGCCCUUACUGCAGGGUCGAGUGGUGCGCUCUGAUCACGAGUUUAUGUUCCAUUACUGCAAUGCCAAUCUGAACGCUGUGAGGUGGCACCCUGCUAACAGUACCUCCUUGUGGAAGGCUCUUUUCUUCACCCCCAACUUUUACCCCGAGAACACCACGGGCUGUUUUCACAUGCAUAUCUGCCAUUGCAUUGACCCCUUCAUCACCCACCAUGACCCUCCCCUGCUUUUUGACCUCUCCAAGGACCCAUCCGAGAGCAAGCCGUUGAGCCCGGCCACUGAGCCAAACUUCCACUCCAUUGUGGGGGUGAUGGUGGAUGCAGCUAAGGCCCAUGAACAGGGUGUGGAGCCAGUACCUGAGCAGCUGACGCUCCAGCACCAUCUGUGGAAGCCCUGGCUCCAGCCCUGCUGCUCCACUCUUGGGCAGCUGUGUAGGUGUAAGCGGGACCACCGGCAAGGGGUCGUAGAAGCUGAGGUGGAGGUGCACGUAGAGUAAAGGGGUGUCAUCGUCCCAGUCUGUAUGGACUGCUAGAUUUGGUGCAAGUUCACUGUGGAGAGUGAAUCUGGUUGGUUAUGUGCACUUCAAUAGAAGGAGCUGGUAAAUCCAGUUAUAAAAAUGACCAAUUACAAAACCCUGAUUAUAAAAACUUGAAAUAAUUAAUAACGAACUUGUGUGUGAAGUUCUCUGCUGCAACAUGUCCACGUGAUACACUGUCAUAGAGACAUAAGUGUGAAAAGCAGCUCUAAAUAUCUCAUAUCCUAGUCCUGUCGGUGAAACUUCUAAACCCUGAAGGUGGACCCUGAGUUCUGAACCGGCUAACCUCAGUAUUCAUCAACACUCUCACAUGCCCUCAAAUCUCUGGCCCUGCCUUUACCGCUGAGCUGAGAAGUGGGC